ACCGGGCGAGUCAACAGAAGACGUCAUUCCAAACCCAGUUCUCGUCCAGUAUAUAAGCAUAUAAGCUGCUUCUCUCGUCUUCUCGUCUCUCUCGUUUCUUGUCCUUCCUCUGCUGUCUCUCCUUCAUCUGCUGCUUCUUCUUCCAAUGCUCACUCCUCGCUCCAGGUCUGCCUCGCUUCUCGACGCUGAAACGCCCAACGACGCUCCCUCCGAACCCAUCCUUGACCAAAAGACCUCUGCUCAGUACGAGCUUCCUCCUCCUGUCACCCAGUCUAGUCCUGCUGACAAGUCUAAAUUCAAAAAACUAAUCUUCAUCUAUGCCUUCAUUAGCAUGUUUUUCUUGUUUGGCCUAUUGUACUCAAGCAUGCACUCCAUCAAGAAAAUCAGAUCCAACAGCGAUGAGUUUGAAAGUGAUUUGCUAGCCAGUUUUGCCAACACCAACGAGAAGAAAAUCAUUGACCACAAAUUCAACAAGUACAAAGAACCCAAGAUAAAGGCCAGCUUCAAAGACGAAAAUGGCGAGUACAUAGAGUCUCAAGAGAUCGCUGUCGAUGAAGAUGGCGAUGGUGUCGCUGAAUCUUACUAUCUAAUAGAACAAUACCUAGUUCUCGAUUGAUCUGCUUUCACACUGCUCUUGAAUUUUCAAUAUUAUUCUCAAUAUUGUUUUAAAUCUAAUGAAACUCUUUCUUUUUUUUUUUUCUUUUUUGGCUAUGUUAAUCUAUUGA